CCACCAGGGAAGCCCAGAAGUUAAUUUUGAAUUAUAAAGUUAUUCAUCCAAAAAUUUAAAAAAAUUUAUUUCCUUUGACUUCUAGUUGUAUGACUUGAGUAAAUAAACAUUUAGAGCUGAUUUUCUUAUUUGAACAAGGCCGAUAAUGAUACUUGUAUUUACCUCCCAAGGUUAUGAAAUCAAAUAAAAUAGUAUGUGGAAUAUAAAUCAGGCAUGGUGUUAGGUAAGCAAUAAUGUAGACAGAUGUAGUACCUCCCUUUAAAGCACUUACAGUGUAGUGGAGGAGAAUGUCCAACCAGUCUUUUUGCAAAUAAUUAUUUAACAUUCUGUGAGCUAAGUACUAAGAAAAAAGUACAGGGAGCCUGAGACUAGUCUUGGCUCACAGAAAGCUGCCCCGGGGAAGAGAAAUUUAAUGGAGACUUAUCAAUGGAAGGGGUUGUGGGAGACCAGUCCUAGCAAAAGAAGAAUAGUAUUUGCAAAGACCCUAAGUUUUGAAGAGACUUAGUAACCAAAAAAGCAGUCUGGCUGGCAAAGAGCACCUUUUAGCCUUCACAAUAGUCCUGUGAGUUAACUCCAUUUUAUAGAUUAAAAAACUGAAGCUCAGAGUGGUUAAGUAAUUUGUAUAGUGUCUUACUGUUUGUAAAUGGCAGAUUCAUAUUUUGAACCCAGGUUGGUCAGCCUGACUCCAGCGUCCUUGUUCUCUCUACUAUGCCAUUCUUUCUCCGAGUCACUUAGCUCAGCGGUUAUUGUGCUCCUAAACACAUCUUCUCUCUUGUUAUUUCUCAGAGGGCUUAGCAGCUCUCCCUCUGGCUAAUUGUGGAGCCAAGGAUCAGAUUCUUUCCUUACACUAAGGUAAUAAUAAGAUUUAACUCUUACAGGUUAUAUCUCUUGUUUGUAUACUGUAGAACUCGAGAGAUCCUAAAAGCUUUUUCAAGGGUAGGAAUUUUGUAGAUUCUGGGGCUGAUAUGAAACUGCAGUGUUGUUUGUAGCCUCUCAUUUAAAAAUAGCCUCGUGGUGCUCAUGGGGUGCUUUAGUAGUGCCAACAUUUCCAUCAGCCUCUCUGCCCUACCCACAAGACACUCCACAUAAACAAAGAUCUGAGUAAUAAACAGUAUGCUUCUGCUGUUGCCUCUUCCUACUCCCACAAACCCCUCCUGUAUAGAAAUCCUAAUGCCACCACUAAUAAUGCAUUUUAUUGGAAGAAUGCAAAUUAAAAGGGUUUCAUUGCUUUAAAAAUUUGAAAAACACUAUCCUAGCUUGUGUGAAGUUCAAGGGAAAUAUUUCCUAAAUGAGGAAUUUUUCCGAUUCUUCGUAUCUGUUUAUCUCCUACUACACUUGCAUUGACUCCCCCAAACAUCUUCGUAAAUUGGGGAUGGAUUUUUGUUUUUGUUGUUAAAGCUUGUGGAGAUAGUGUAGAUUGGUACAUUGAAGCCCAGUAUUUGAAACCUAGGGGUAAAAAAAUUCCUAUGCCUUCCUGUCUCCAGAUACUUUUAUGAUAGAGAAAAUAAAUUAAUCCAGGGUCAGUGCCGUUGUUUUAUAUUUUAUGUCAUUGUCGUUUAUGUAAGAAGAGAUAUUAUUAAUGCAGAUACCUAGUUAAAUCUUUUAUUGUUGUCAGUUUAUUAAGCAAUUAUUUUUUCCUUUUAAAAUCUUUUUCUAAGUCUGUUAACCUCAGUUUUUCUUGCCCUCUUAAAAGGCACUGCAUAAAUUUGAGGGAGGACUAUUUUUAGGCCCUGUCUCAUUUUAACUAUCUAACUGGUCCUGCGUGAUUUUCUUGGAAUUUGUGAACUUUGUUGUAAAGUAAUUCAUAGUUCUAGGUAGAUGGAGGUUGAUGCUUUAUCCUAAUUGUCGAAAAUUUUUGUAUUCUUUGUUUUCAGAGGGUUUCACUUGGUAGAGCCUGAUUUACUUGAAAUGCGAAGUAAUAAAUUGAUUCCCUCCACUACCCCUCUUUGUCCUCAGUUUUAUGUGAAACACUGACUGAAGUAAAUGUUUGCCCUAUGAAUUUCUCUCCUUUUUAAAAGCACCCAGAGAUGCACAUUUUAGGGGCUCAUGCUAGAAUACUUUGUCAUUAUCGUUCUCCUGAUCUUUCCUUUCACGUUGCCUAAACACAGCUGAGUUGGUAAGAGGAGCAAAGACAACAAGAUACCACUGCCAAGCAGACAGGAAGCUGUAGUGGACCUAGCGAGCAGGGGCGGCAGAGCGUAUCCUCCAUCCAAUCAGCUGUGAGUGCUGUUGCUAUGUGAGCUCUUACUCUGCUGCCUUUGUGAAAAACCUUACACAGAGGGAAGCGGAAUCAGCACCCACUGCUGAACAUUUGUUUUAACCACUGCAGACAUCUGGAUCCCUCAGUUACUGACUGUAUAGCUAUUGACAGCCAGAAGGCCACUUAUUUUAUACAAGGAUUCCAGUAUGGUUUUCAGUGGAAACAAAGGGCUUCACAGAGAAGAUAGUCUGGAUGAAUAUUUUGAAUAUGAUGCAGAGGAGUUCUUGGUCUCUCUGGCCUUGUUAAUAACAGAAGGACGAACACCUGAAUGUUCUGUUAAAGGUCGGACGGAAAGUUUCCAUUGCCCUCCAGCACAGUCCUGUUACCCAGUAACUAGCAAACAUGAAUGUAGUGAUAAGCUGGCCCAGUGUCGCCAAGCCCGACGAACUAGGUCUGAGGUCGCAUUAUUGUGGAAGAAUAACCUUCCAAUCAUGGUGGAAGUGAUGCUACUACCAGAUUGCUGCUACAGUGACGAUGGGCCCACCACAGAAGGGAUUGAUCUAAAUGAUCCUGCAAUUAAGCAAGAUGCAUUAUUAUUAGAAAGAUGGAUAUUGGAGCCAGUUCCUCGACAGAGUGGCGAUCGAUUUAUUGAAGAGAAGACUCUCCUAUUGGCUGUCCGCUCAUUUGUGUUUUUUUCUCAAUUAAGUGCUUGGCUGAGUGUUUCUCAUGGUGCUAUUCCACGAAAUAUUAUUUACAGAAUCAGUGCUGCUGAUGUAGACCUACAGUGGAAUUUUUCACAAACUCCAAUUGAACAUGUGUUUCCUGUUCCCAAUGUGUCUCACAAUGUGGCCUUGAAAGUCAGUGUUCAGUCCUUGCCCAGACAAUCUAAUUAUCCAGUUUUGACCUGUAGUAUUCACACUAAUAUUGGCCUUUAUGAGAAAAGAGUUCAAGACCAUGAACUUAAAACCCAUCAGCACCGAAAUUCUACUGAAGCAGAGCAAUGUAGUACAAACAGUUCACAGCGUCUGUGUAGCAAACAAACUUGGACCAUGGCACCCGAAAGCAUAAUAUUACAUGCAAAAAAUGGCACAACUCCAGAAUAUACUGCAGCUGUCAAAAAUGUCAAACUAUAUCCGGGCACUAGUGGUAAAUCUGACUAUGGAACAUCUCAAGGCAAUAUUCUGGGCUUCAGUGGUAUAGGAGAUAAAAAGUCACAUGAAACAUCAGUGAGAACUUUAAAAUCAUUUUCAGUGAUUGAUUCUAGUGAAUCUAGCCGCCAGAGUUCCUGGCAGUCAGUUGGUGAGGCUAAUCCUUUAAUAGGCUCUUUAAUUCAGGAGCGACAAGAAGUUAUUGCAAGAAUAGCUCAGCAUUUGAUUCAUUGUGAUCCAAGCACUUCACAUGUUUCUGGACAUCCACUUAAUACACAAGAAUCUAGUUCACUUAAUUCAAAGCUUUUCCGGGUUUCACAAGAAAAUGAAAAUGUGAGAAAAUGUAAAGAAACGUUCUCCAUUUCUUUUGGUAAUCCAGAGCUCACCUCCUCAGAAGACAUCAAUGAAGGGAAAAUUCGAGUAAAACCAGAAACUCCUCGAAGUGACACUUGCAUUACUAAUGGUCUUCAUUCUGAUCAGUCUGUUGGUGAGAUUAAUCCUUUGAUAAGCUCUUUACUCCAGGAGCGGCAAGAUGUCAUUGCAAGGAUUGCUCAGCACUUGGAACACAUUGAUCCAACAGCACCUCACAUGCCCCGGCAAUCAUUCAACAUGCAGGACUCCGGUUCAGUUCCUUCUAAAGUGUUUAGGAGUUCCUAUGAAGACAGAAAUUUGUUGAAGAAAAACAAGGAUGACACCUCUGUUUCCAUUUCUGAUACAAAAUUUUCCUUGUUAGAUAACAUCAGUGAAGGGAAACACUUAACACCUAAUAAACAUUUUAGUUAUUUUAAAUGCAAUAGUAAUGUCAAGCCUUCUUUGAAACCUCAAACAAGAAGAAAUCUGCAUCAGAACAAUCCUAGUGAAAUCCAAAGUACAUUUCAAGAGACACAGAACAAAGCCACUGGUUUAAUGAAUCCUUCAAAUAUGUCUCAUUGCAAAGAAGAUAACUUAGAUUUCACAAUCAGAUUGGAAAACACACUUUCUGAGUGUCAAUUUAAGGAACAAGAAAUUGACAAUGAAAUCAAUAAACAGUAUUCAAAAUGUAACAGUAUUGACAAACAGAUUUGCACAAAUAAGUAUAAGGACAAAAUAAUAAUAAAUGAAAAUUAUAAUCCAGAAUCUUUUAACAAUCACCAGUUUGAUCAUUCAAAAAAAAGUGACUCGAAAAUAAAUGUUACUGUGUUGGAAAUGUCUGGAUAUUUGAAGAAACAUGCAAAUGAGUGCUCAGAUAAAGACUCCAAAAAGCCGAAGUCAUGCGAACAAAAUACUCAACUUAAUAGUAUAGAAAAUUAUCUCAAUAAAGAUAGUGAAGGUUUCAAAUGCAAAAAGCCAAACCAAUUAAACAAUGAACAGGAUAAGAAAGAAGAUCCAGUUGAUGAAAUAUCUCAAAACUGUUCUCAGAGGAAGAAUAUAAAAGAAUGUUUGUUUACGUGUGAACGACUGAAAACUAAAGAGGUAUUGAGAACUAUACCACUUAAACACUCAAGUGUCUGGCAGAAACAUAAUUUUCAUUCCUUGGAUGGAACCUCAACCAGAGCCUUUCAUCCUCGAACUGGAUUGCCUCUUCUUUCCAGUCCUGUUCCUCAAAGAAAGGCACAAUCAGGUUGCUUUAAUCUGGAUUCUUCAUUACUGCAUCUGAAAAGCUUAUCAUCUAGAAGUCCUCGACCAUGUUUAAACAUUGAAGAUGAUCCAGAUAUUCAUGAAAAACCAUUUCUGAGUUCUAGUGCUCCACCUAUAACAAGUCUUAGUCUCUUAGGAAAUUUUGAGGAGUCUGUCUUGAACUAUCGUUUAGAUCCUCUCGGCAUUGUUGAUGGCUUUACUGCCGAGGUAGGGGCAAGUGGGGUUUUCUGCCCCACUCAUUUGACUCUUCCAGUUGAAGUGUCAUUCUACAGUGUUUCUGAUGAUAAUGCUCCCUCUCCUUAUAUGGGUGUGAUUACUUUAGAGUCCCUUGGUAAAAGGGGUUAUCGAGUACCUCCUUCAGGAACAAUACAAGUGACCUUAUUUAAUCCUAAUAAGACUGUGGUGAAGAUGUUUGUUGUGAUAUAUGACUUACGAGAUAUGCCAGCCAAUCAUCAGACAUUCCUACGACAAAGAACUUUUUCUGUACCUGUUAAACAAGAAAUGAAGAGAAGUGUUAAUAAAGAGAACAUCCGACAUACAGAAGAACGGUUAUUACGCUACCUCAUACAUCUGAGGUUCCAGAGUUCUAAAUCUGGAAAGAUCUACCUCCAUAGAGAUGUACGGCUCCUGUUCUCUAGAAAGUCGAUGGAAGUUGAUAGCGGUGCUGCAUAUGAACUCAAAUCUUACACUGAAUCGCCAACAAACCCUCAGUUUUCACCAAGAUGUUGAUAAAGAGUGACAAUUUAAAGUAUUUGCUCAGUACCCAAGUUUGAAAGUAAAAAAUAGCGUAGAAGGGAGUGUACCAAAUUAACAAGCAGGAGAGUGGGUCCUCUCCUGUUAUCCUGGACCAGUUUUUAUGAAAGGAUUCCUGGGAUGAGAUCCACAUAUUCCAAGGAGACUGGAAACACUCAUGUCCUAACCCUUUUUGUACUGUCGAAACCACUUCACUGGACUUGUUGCAAGAGCAAACCACCCCCCACCCCCCCACCCCCGCCACAGUUAGAUUAGUGUUUACACGUUUCGUUUCUCAGUUAUUUAAUAUUUAACGUUUUCCUUACUACUCAAGUGAUGUUUGUCUUUAGUGUUCUAAUGUAGCACAAAUCCUAUGUAAAAUCAUACUAUGUAUUUUUGACAUUGUUGAAAUCUGAAAUAUAUGCACAAGUCUUUUAAUUUUGUGUGAUGUGUUUUAAGUACUAUUCAUUUAAGUUAUUGAAAAUGAGAAUGAAAUGUUGAGCUUCUUUCAAGAUUAACGCACUAUGCAAGCAUGUGUACUUUUUAUAUCUCCCAGGUUUAGUUUUUACAACACCCCAUCCCGGUUGCUGUCUCACACAGUAGUCCUUUAACAUGCUGUAUCGGCAGUGCAACGUGGAGUAAGCUGCUUCACAUUACCUUAGCAAGUUCAGAUCAUCAUGCCCAUUCAUAUUCCUUCUAGAAUCCCUUAUCCCCAAAACAGUUCUAUUUUUUCCUUAAUCACUACUACAAAGGCUUUACGUUAAAUUGCUGUCCCAUUCUAGAUAACUUUUGCUAAUUGUUAAAAGAAUAUGUACUUUGAAAACAAAUUAGUAUUUAUAUUGUAAAUAUAUGCAAGAAACAAAGAAA